GGUGUCGCAGGCAAGAUGGAAAGGGGCCGCCUGAGGCUGUGGGGGCGGGGCGCCCCUCCUUCUCCACGAGGACCUCGUCCCACGGGCUGUGGGGGCGGGGCAGAGCCGAGUGGGUCCUUCUGUGGGAAGUGGCGGAGAGGCGGGAAACGGAGGAAGAUCCCGCCUGUGUCCUCAGAUGAGGCGAGGGCUUGUUUGAUCGCCCCCACGGGGCUGGUGGGCGACACCCAGGAAAGUGGGGGUUGCCCAGCGGCGUGGCGGGUUCAGCGCCGGGAUCCUGGAGUCCACGUCUGUGAAGGUGGAAAAGAUGAGUGCUUGAUUUGUAAAGUCCCUUGUCGCACGCUUUUACUUUCAAAACAUACCGACGUGGAUAUCCAGGCGCUGUUCAUGGGCAUAGACGGCCUGUGCAAGAAGUACUCAAGAGAGACCUCCCAGGUUUCAGAAUUUCAAGAAAAGCACAGAAGGAGACUGUUGGCCUUCUAUAGAGAAAAGAUCGCGAAGCUGGAGGAAUCCCUUCAGAAGUCCGUGCUGAGGAUGGAACAGCUGCAGAGUAUGAGAUUGUCACAAGAACCAGUUCUUGGCGCAAUGAAAACUCCAGUUUCAACUCCUUCCGCAAAGCCAGCUGGACACCUGCUCCUGCGCCUGGAGUCGUCAGCCUCUGACAGAGUGGAGUCCAUGCAAGUCGACGGUACUCCGUCCCCGACGAGGAAACCCGAGGUAGCAGCUGGGCCGGCCAGAAUUUCCCUGAUCAGCCCACCCCAACACGGACGCAUGGGCAGCGUCUCCCACGGCGGCCCUCAGCUCCCCGGCCUGAUGCCCAGUCUCAGCAGCGGGUCCCAGGCUCUCAGGAACAGACCCAGGUCAGCAAACAUGUCUAUAGAAGGGCGGGUGGUAAUGCUCUCAGUUCUGCCUGGUGUAGACACGGUCCUGGAAGGUAAGUAGGCAUGUGGCCGCAGCUGUCCUGCUGCAGCUCCGUCUGCAGAUGCACGUGGGGCUGGCCUGGCCGCCAAGCGCCAGCCCUAAACAUACCACAGCCCCUGACUCCAUCCUCACCCUGGGGCUUCAUCUGCUCUGCUGCAUGUUGGAACCCCGCCCUGUGUGCCCCCAGCCUGCCCGGGGCCAUGCCUGGGACCUGCUGCCCGGGGGACUGGCCCUCCCCGCCGGAGCGCAUCAGCCCAGAGGAGGGCCAGUGCUGGGCGCAGACCCGCUCGCAGGGGCGAGGACCAUGUGUGUC